UGAAUAAAUUUAAUAAAAAGUCUCGAAUAAGUAUGAUAGCAUGUACUAGUUACUGGAAAAUAGGAGUUUUCUUAGAUAUUCGUUGUUAUAACACUGAACAAAUAUCUUCUAUAUUUUAUGAAGCAUCGGAGUACAGAAUGUUUGGUGAACUACACUAUUGGAUAAUACUCGGAUCUAAUCUUAAAGAUGUACUCAAUCUAAUAGAAGACCGAGCUUUUGGUCUCUCGACUGAUUUAAUUGUUGCAAUACCUUCAAACAGUUAUGAAACCCAGUACCAGCUCUAUGACGUUUAUAACAUAUACAAAGAACGUGGCAGUUUACUUAAUGUAACAUUUUUUGGAAAAUGGGAUACAGAACAAGGUUUGACUGUUAAAUUGGUACAAACAAAAAUCAUGAGAAGAGCAAACAUGCAAAGGUUUACGAUAAAGGCAGCCUUAUUCAAACUAACAUACCGACCAGCGCACAUGACUUUACUUCAAUAUGUCAACGAUGGUGUGCAUACUACUGGAGAUGCACAAACAAGAUUUGGAUUUCACAUUAUAAGUCAUCUUGCAGAUUUGUAUAAUUUCAGCUUAGAUAUUCAUGAAACACCACCUUGGUUACCUGGGGAUGCUCAAGGUCCACUGGCUCGAGCUAUUAUUAAUGAUAUGGCCGAUUUUACAGGAAAUCCUCUGUCAAUGACCAGUCAAAGAACUUACUUGUUCAAAUAUGUUCAUCAAGACUGGCCUUUUAGGACCUGUUUCAUUUUUCGAAACCCUCAGCCUACUACAAUAAAAUUGCAAGAAAUUCUAAGACCUUUAACGAAAGUUAUAUGGUGUUUAAUGGUUGUAUUUUUUGUAAUCAAAUUAAUGGUUUUGAUUGCGGUAUUGCAUUUCGAAGGAUUUGAGAGUAUUUUAAUGAGAGUUUCAAUUUCAAGUUUAUUGACUAUAGGUGCACUAUGUCAACAAGGAACUGAUGUACAAAUGAAUCGUUUGUCAACGCGUAUAGCAUUUUUUUUCAUAUUGAUAUAUAGUUUGCUAAUGUAUAAUUACUACUCGGCUUCUGUUGUGUCCGCCCGUUUAGAUGAACCGAUUUUAAAAAUUAACGAUUCCCUUAAUGAAUUAGGAAAACUAAAAAUGAAAAUGGCAUCGGAGUCAAUGAUGUAUUUAGAAUUUUUUCUCAAAAAACCUGAUUGGGAAACUAAACAGUUCUAUAACAACUAUUGGUUAAGGGUACCAGAAAAAGAGAGAAUCAUCAAUCCUGAAGAAGGAAUGCGAUUAGUAAAAGCUGGUGGAUUUGCUUACCACACUCAUCCAGAGGUAGGGUAUCCAUUCGUAGACAAAUUUUACAACAACCGUGAAAUUUGUGAAUUAAUGGAAGUGCAUUUAGCAAGUCCUAUUCGUACGGCGUUUGGAGUAACUAUGAAUAGUAGCUUUGUAGAAAUAGCAAGAGUCGGAUUCACGAAAAUCAACGAAGUAGGUCUUCGGCAUCGACAGUAUCUAAGAUGGUCGUACAAAAAACCACACUGUCGCAAAGAUAUAUUGACUGCGUCUAGUAUCAAUAUUUAUGAGUUUGCUCCACAUCUACUACUUCUGAUGAUUGGAUUAAAAGUGGCACUAAUUAUCUGUGCGAUUGAACUUCUUUUUGUUAAUCGAAGUAUUUAUAUUCAAAUGAUUAUGAGAUUGUAUGCGAAAUGCAUAUUUACACUAUUUGAGACACUUGAUUGUGAGUAAAAAUAAAACAAUGUAUUAAGGCCUAGAUGAUUAUGUGAAUAAUAAAGAAUAUCAUACAAGCAUAAUCCUUACUGCAGAAGUAGACUGCCAAUCAAGACAUCGCAUGACUUGUUUAAAU